AUGGAUGAAGUCAAUUCGAGUCAAUUAAAUACUAAUGAUGAUGUAAAAUCAACCGGUCCAGAAGAACAUUCGUCAUCGUCAUCAUCUUCAUCUUCAUUUGUCCUUCAGCAAUCUUUAAACGAUGGUCAACCAGAAGAAACACCUCGCUGUCAACUAAAAGCACCAUUAUAUUUUCAUAUCAAUUAUGUUGGUGAACUUGAACGUGAAGGUUUAUUUUUAGCUUCUGUUCGAUCUACUCAAACAAAACCAAGUGAAAAAUGUAGAAAACUAUCAUCUUGCUCUCCAAUAAUAAAUGAUGACGAAAAUCAACAUUUACUUCGAGCCAUUGUUCGGUAGGAUGAGUCAUUUUUUCUGAAAAAAAAACAAUUCAUCUGCAUAAGUUUUUGAAAAAUUUAGUCGAGUAAGCUUCUAAAAUUUAUUUAUUUUUAAUCAGUGAUUAUACAAGUAAAACUGAAAUGAAGUAUUUGUUUUUUUUUUUUGUUUUGAUAUUACAAAAAAAAAGUCUAAAGAAUGAACUUUUUAUUUCUAGUUUUUGUACAUCGAUAUCGAAAAUAUAAAAAAUAACUCAUGAAAAUUUCUUUUAAAGAUAUUUAACUAGUCAAAUGUAAUUUUUUUUUCGAAGGUUUUAUUUUAAUUAUUUUAUUUUAUUAAAGUACACAGCAGAACAACUAUGAUAUAUCAGAAACAGUAAAUGUCAAAAAUGAAAGAAACAUUUUACGAUUUCUAUUAGACAAGACUAAAUUAUCACCUAUUCGUCAUGUUGAGCUUAUUCACGAUAUCAAAGUAAGAAAAUUACUAAACAGAUAUAUACUAAUGUGCUUAUUUGAGAAAUUAAACGUUUUUAACAUAUGAAGGAAAGUCUGAAUUGCUUCUCAUAGAUAAACUCGAAAUAAAUAGCAAAUCUUUGGUUACUCCAAUGAUUGAAGUGAUCGAGUAGCUCCUUUUUAACAAAAAGGAUGAGUUUCUUAGUGAACUAAACAAGGAAAAUCUAUUUGUCGGUAUUUAACUUGCGCAUGAAAACUUUUCUUCAUUUUAACAAGCGCUUGUUUGGAGGAAAUUAUUUUUUAGUCAAUUUAACAUAGUCAAAUAGAUAACUAUUUAUAGCUACUAUUACUAAUAUUAAUUCAAUCCUGGCAAUGUUUGACUUCAAUGAUAUUCAUAUCAAUUAGUACAAUUAAUACUUCAUGCUCUUUGCGUUUGGAUGAGAAGCAUUCUUGAAUUUAAAAAUGCUUUGUUGUUAGUUUUUGUUUAAAAUGAAACUCACAGAACACUUGUAUAGAACAGCUUUCUGGUUGUUACCAGUUGCACGAUGCAUAAAUUUUCUUUGACAAAAGGAGUAAAUUUCGGAUCGAACGACUCAUUUCAAGAUUUGUUCCAUGCUAUUUCUAUAAGUAAAUGGUAAUAUAGGGAAAAAUUCGAAAUAGAAAAUUUUUAUAGAGCAGACAGUUUUCGAUCUUUUGAUAUUUACUCUGUUCCAUUUGUUAUUGUUGUUUAAAGAUGAUUUGAUGUAAAUUAUUUAUUAAGGCAAAUGAAAAAAUUCUUGAAUUUGACAAAUAUAAUGAUGAACUAUAUUCAAAUAAAAUUGGUAUUGUUUAUCAACAUU